AUGUUUAAAGGCUUUACUUAUGCCGGACUUAUUUCAACUUAUGUGAUUCAGUACUCGUGGAUCCUCGAAUUGGUUGCCCUUGUAGGAGCACAGUACCUGUUUGGCCACUCGACCACCCAAUGUUCACCUAUCAACCCUCUGAACAUGACCAAUGAGAGGUCUCAAAGGAUACAAAUUGGAGACGGAGCUAGCACAAUUAGUGGCUCCGUGGGGUUGGGCAAUUUCAUAGACUUAAUGUACACGGUCCCGGUUCAGUUGGGUCAGAAAACGUUCGCCCUUCAACUAGAUACUGGAUCCAGCGACCUUUGGGUCCUCUCCGAAAAUUGCCAUUUAAAUUCCUGCGAACGUGCAAACGGCAGCAGAUACAUGAGUUUCAGUUCCGUGUCAUCUGGCAUUGACGUUGACAUGCAUUACGGCGAUUCUUCGACAAGUGCGUACGCCUUCGGAACUGUGGCCUUUGAUAAGGCGUCGGUUGCAGGCAUAACUAUGCUCGACCAGGCAUUUGCAGUAAUUGACGAUACAACCAACCAUAUCUUGGAAUCCACUGCGGAGGUAUCUGGGAUCUUUGGUUUAAGCUUUCCCAUUGCGAGUCGUAUCCAAGAGGAAGUCUCUGCAAAGACUGGCGCCCUUGUACAAACAGAUCAUUUUGUAGAAGCGACACCUGCUAGUGGUCCAAUACUUUCGCGGCUGGCUGCAAGUGGUGCUUUACAUCACCCAAUGUUUACCAUCGAAUCUCAAAGGACUGCUAUUGACACCAGCGGCCGAGGUGCUCUUACCAUUGGACAACUUCCAGAGGGAAUCGACAAUUCCACCUUGACUUGGGUGCCCGUCAGGUUGUACUCACCUGAUGAGGGCGGUUUAAUAGCCCCCUCAUUUGCUCCUGGAGAGAUAUAUCCAUAUCGGUGGGAAAUCGACAUCGAUGGUGUUUUCCUGGACGGCAAGAGAUUGCCAGAUUCUACUAUUCCAGCUAACGGUGUUGAUAGUCAUCGAGUCUCAGCUCUUAUUGACACGGGAAACUCGGUGUUGAGAGGGCCAGAGGAUGUGGUGUCCAAUGUCCUAGGAUCAGUUUCACAGGCGUUUCACCGGACUGACGAAUACCCAGUUGCGGAGCUUCCAUGUCAUAUCCCACAUUCGCUUGCAUUCCAGAUUGGUGGCAAGAUGUUUCCCAUCGACCCUAGAGAUUUCAUCAGUCAAUUAGAUCCAGACAACGCAGUCGCUUGCCAGGCGGACAAUCUCGUGCCCACAGAUCCUCCUUCCAUUGGGGCCCUCUUUCGCUGGAGUCUUGGGACACCAUUUUUUAGAUCAAAUAUUGUUGCAUUCCAUUUCGGAAACUUGACACAUCCAUCAGUGGACCCGCCCCGCAUUGGAAUCCUGUCCACAGUGCCAGAAAAUGCGAACGAGCUUCUGCAGGAGGCUAUCCGCAAAGCGCAGCUCAAUGGUGGCAAUUUCCCAAAUGGAGUAGAACACGCUCCAACCGCCAGUGCAGCGCUAAAGCCUCAGACGACCGUUUUCACGGGCACCGAGUAUCUUGGAGUACAAUCGAAUGUUUGGUAA